AUGCCCAAAGUUCUCUUGAGUGGAGGUAGCGGCUUCAUUGCUGCUCACGUUGUUGACAUCCUGCUCGCGCACGGCUUCGACACCGUAGUCACCGUGAGGUCCGAGGAGAAGGGCCAAAGGAUUCUAGAGGCUCAUCCAAAUACGCCAAAAGAAAAGCUUUCCUACGUUAUUGUCAAGGAUAUCGCAGCAGAGGGUGCCUUUGAUGAAGCCGUCAAAUCUGACCCGCCAUUCGACUAUGUCCUGCAUACUGCAUCGCCCUUUCACCACAAUGUGCAAGAUCCAGUGAAAGACUUCUUGGACCCCGCCAUCAAGGGAACAACCGGUAUACUGAAGGCAAUCAAGGCCUAUGCUCCAACAGUGAAGAGGGUCGUUAUCACUUCUUCAUUCGCAGCGAUUGUCAAUGGCAAGAAGCAUGCCGAUUCGUACAGCGAGAAGAAUUGGAACCCGGUAACUUGGGAGGAAGCCUUGAUCUCCUCUAAUACCUACCGUGCGAGCAAGACUUUUGCAGAGAAAGCAGCCUGGGACUUUGUAGAGAAGGAGAAGCCGAACUUCGAUAUUGCAACUAUCAACCCGCCCUUUGUUUUUGGGCCAGUUGUGCAUUAUCUGAACUCAUUGGACGCCAUCAACACUUCGAACCAGAAAGUUCGUGACGUGAUUCAGGGAAAGUGGAAGGACGCCAUUCCUCCAUCCUUCACAUUCCUCUGGGUAGAUGUGCGCGAUGUUGCACUUGCGCAUGUUAGGGCUAUCGAGGUCCCAGAGGCCGGUGGCCAGCGUUUCUUUGUCACCGCCGGUUAUUACACAAACAAAGAGAUUGCAGACGUGGUCCGAGAAUCGCUGCCCGAACUUGAAGAUAAAUUGCCCUCGAAGGACAUUCCGAGUGAUUUUCCGGCGGACAUCUACGGCUACGACAACAAGAGAUCCGUUGAUGUUUUGGGCAUCCAAUACCGGACAUUGAAAGAGUCCAUUGCUGACACGGCUAAGUCAUUGUUGUCCAUUGGCGUCUGA